GUUUUAUUUUAAUUUGUUUUUGUUUAUUAAUUUCAACCAAAAAUAAUAAUGCUUUUUAAAUUUUACGACUUUUUGUCUUAUGUUUUAUUUAGGCUACAGAAAUGAUUGAAGGAAUGAUCAUCGACAAUAAAAGGGAAAUGAACAAGACUCUCACUUUAAGCGCGGAUGCCUUCUUGAAGAUGAAAAGAUUAAGACUGCUCAGAGUUUUUUGCCGAUUAAAUUGUUGUGAUCUUACAUAUCUUUCUAAUGAGUUACGACUUUUAGAUUGGACGGGAUGUCCUUUAAGGUUAUUGCCUUCAAGUUUCCAACCAAAAUACAUUGUUAUACUUCUCCUACCGUAUAGCAACAUUGAACAACUUUGGACAGAAAACAUACCGCUGUAUAAGUUGAAAGUGCUCAACCUUGAAGGGUCCAAAAACCUUAGCAAGGCACCGGACUUCACAACUGCCCCAAAUCUUGAAAUUUUGGUUUUGGAAGGAUGUACUAGAUUAAUAUAUGUUCAUCCAUCAGUUGGAGUUCUUACUAGGCUUAAGCUUUUGAAUUUAAGAGGCUGCAAAAGUCUGAGGAGUUUUCCAACCAAAAUUGGAAUGGAAUCUCUUGAAAAGUUAAUUCUUUCAGAUUGCUCAAAACUUCAAAGCUUUCCAGAGAUUGAUGGUAAGAUGGAAUGUCUGCUAAGGCUUUAUUUAGAUGGGACAUGCAUUCAACAACUUCCCUCUUCAAUUGGAAAUCUGAGCAGUCUUCUUUUGUUAAAUUUGGAAGAUUGCAGGAACCUUGUGAGUCUCCCAGGGAGCAUAGGUGGGUGUAAAAGUUUAAAAAUUCUUAACCUUUCUGGUUGUCAUAAAGUUGAAAGUUUGCCAGAGAAUUUGCAGCAAGUAAAAUUCUUAGAGGAGCUUGACUUAAGUGAAACAUCUAUGACAAAACCACCACCCUUCAUUUUUCAAUUUAAAAAUCUUAAAGUUCUGUCUUUUAAUGGGAUCAAGGGACCUCCUUCCAAGCUACAAAAAUAUCUGCCUUCUCUGUUAAAGGUAAUCCAAAGAGGAAGGACAAAUUCCAUGGCUCUGAUGUUGCCUUCGUUGUUAGGUUUGAGUUCAUUAACAAGGCUGAAUCUAAGUGACUGCAAUCUUUGUGAAGGAGAUAUUCCUAGGGAUAUUUCUCGUCUAUCCUGUUUGGAAGAACUUGAUCUUGGUGGUAACAAUUUCAUCAGCAUACCUUCGUGUCUUACUCAAAUUUCCAAGCUUGAAUUUCUUAGAUUGUCAAAUUGCAGGGCGCUUGAAUCAUUGCCUGAGCUUCCAACAAGUAUAGAAGGUGUAACACUAAAUGGUUGUACUUCUCUUGAAAUGGUUGCAUAUCCAUCAAAAGUUUGCAAUUCAAAGUAUUCUGCAGAUAUAGUAGGUGUUAAUUGCUUCAGAUUGGCUGAGAACAUUAAUGCCUUAACACUGCUGAGAAAACAUCUAAAGGUAUUUGGAAAUUCAAGAAAAUUGUUUGAUGUUGUUAUACCUGGAAGUGAAAUCCCAGAAUGGUUUAGUCAACAAAGAGCUGAGUCUUGGAUUAAGAUAGAUUUGCCUCUGGAAGUUCGGAAUGAUAGUCAAUGGAUGGGAGUUGCUUUGUGCUGCAUUUUUGUCAGUGAUGAUACUUCAAGGAAUGAGCAUCUCAUUUGUAGAGCUGUUAUCCAUGAUAGAUAUUCUAGACAAGCCAACCGCAGUCAAUCUAAUUUCCAGGGUAGAAAUCCUCGAGAGGUCAUUCGUAGUGGCUGGAAUGUAAAUCGACAUUUUGAACAGGCCGUAAUGAAGGACCACAUUUUCGUUCGUUAUUUCUCGCGUGACAUGUUGUAUCCUAUUUCCUUGGAAGACAAAUGUGAUGAACGUGAAACCAAUAAUUUAUGCAUAACGGAUUGCUUAGAUCAAGAAUGCGAUCAACUUGAAUUGUCUUUCACAGGUCCCUACAGUGUUAACGCGAAGAAGUGUGGUGUUAGAAUAGUGUAUAAGAGAGAUCUGGAAGAGAUGGAACAAAUAAAAGAGCUGCAUAGUAGUCAGUGUUGUGCGAAUUUUGAAGAUAUCCAGCAACACUCUGCUGAUGAUGGAUCAAUAGGUAACUGUUCCCUUAAAAAGCGAAAACGUAAUAUCUAUGAGGAGAUGGAUGAAGGGCCACCACCAAAAUCGGUGCAAAACAUUUUCAAUUCUAUAAUGGGCAGAUUAGGGAAGAAGCACUAAUUGUGGUAAACUACUUCAUCGGCCUUCUCCUAUUAAUUCUUUCUUUUAAGACUUUUUUAAUCUACUGUAUUAUUUA